AUAUUAAAUUGAACUAAAAAGGGUAUAACAAUUGUAAAAGUAAUAAUGGAGUAAAAAAUUACAAAGAGCAGAUCCAAAAUAAAAGGAAGAUAUACUCGCAGGUAGGAGAAAUAGGAAGCGAAGUUUAACAUCAGCACAACAAGCCGAAAACAACAGCAGAAGUUAAAGCAAAAAAAUAGCAACAAACAAAUUCGGCGACUGGAAAACAUUGUGUAUAAAUAAAAAACAUAAACGUGUUAGUGUGAUAAUAAUAUUUAAAUAAUAGUGUAAGAGAAUUACAAUGUUGCAAUGAAAUGUGCAAAAGUCAUCAACGUAAUUAUGCCAAUUCAUUUGAUUUCUUCGAUUUCAACUUGAAAAAUGUCGUCGAUUCCAUUGUUGCACCGCUCGUCGUUGUCGUUGCUACCACCGCAGUGCUGUAAUUGCAAUAACUUUCUCGCCUACAUUUUGUUGUUGAUAUCAACGCUGUUGUCCACGCUUUACGGAAGUUCUAACAGCGUCAGCAAGAAAACUAUCAAUAACAAUAAAUCUUGCCCUAACCAUCAACAGCAUUAUAAUAAUAAUUGCUGCAGUUUUAAAUCAAAACUAAAAAUCAACAUCCCAAGCUAUCGUCUUGGUUGCGUUAAACACUGCGUCGAUAAAUUAGUUGUGUGUACUGGAGCUGUAACAAAAGAAAGUAAUUUUAUUGUUAACAGCAAUUGCCAAAGUUCCGAUACAUAUAUUCUCACUCCCCUUAAAACUACCGACCAGCUCAGCGUCUACAACGAUACUAGAAGCAAUUGUUGGGAAAGCAACAGAAAAAAUAGAGUUUCAGCAACUACCACUGAUCGACGUUUACUACAACAACCACAGUUGGAAAAACAACAUCGAAAAAGGGAAUAUUGUUGGUUUGCGAAAAGCGAUAACAAAGAUUAUCGAAUAAGUACUAACAACAGAAACAGCGUCAACAACGAUAGCAACAGUCCGCAAGGCGCGCUAUUACAUCUGUCAAAUACUAACAUCUACACUUGGCGACCAAGUGUAACUACCACAAUAAAAUUUAAAAAAUCAGGAGUUGUAGCGGUGGUUAUAAUACCGAAUUUUGUGGAUCUCACACACCUCUUCUUGCAUCCUACAUUUACACCCCAUAACAUUUUCAAAGACAGCUCCUUUACCUCGAAGCACCUGCUUAAUAACGACAAGAAGCCGUUUUCCACCUCUUCAGCACAGAGGCUAUUUAGUAGCAGUUUAACGCCGCUGCUGCAGGACAAGCAGCAGUCGACGCAUUCCAACAUAAAAUUAGACUUAUCGUCGACGUUACACGUUUUUGUGCAACAACGAAAGUCAACGUCACAAUCGCGAAAGCUACAGCAUUUGCUUGUUGGCGUGAAAAAGUACGCUUAAAUUAGAUUAAUAUUAAAAAAAGGAAAGAUAAUAGAAAGCGGAGAGCUCUUAAUUUCAUAAGAACAAACUUCAUUAGCUAGCAGACAAGCAAGCUCAUUAACAACAUAAAAUAAUCAUUAACAAUCCAAAUCAUAAAACGUAUCUUAUCGGUCAUAAUCUUGGCAUAAUCAAGUCGACUACUAACGAAGCGUACAUUUGCGAAGAAGAGUGCAAGAAGAGUCAGGAAACGUAAUAGAAGUAAAAAAAAAAAACAGUAACCACCGUUGCAUUCAUAAAUAACAUACACACAUCUUCGUAAUAUCAUCAUGUCGAAGUUAUCGUUUCGAGCGCGUGCGCUCGAUCCCUCCAAGCAGAUGCCCAUCUACUUGGCCGAGGAGCUGCCUGAUUUGCCUGAAUAUUCGGCUAUAAAUCGUGCUGUGCCACAAAUGCCUAGUGGCAUGGAGAAGGAAGAGGAGUCGGAGCAUCAUCUGCAGCGCGCAAUAUGUACUGGUCUCAUUAUACCAACUCCAGAGGUUUUUACCACCGAUCAGGAAGCCUACGACCGCAUGUAUCCGCCAAAUUACAAAAUGCCGCGCCAACUAAUACACAUGCAACCGUUGGGUCUCGAGCAAGAUGUGCCAGAUUACGACAUGGAUAGCAGCGACGAGAUUUGGAUCAGCCAACAGAGUCGUCGUCUCGAUCUGACACCACUGAAGUUUGAGCAGAUGAUGGAUCGGCUAGAGAAGAGUUCAGGGCAAAUGGUCGUAAAGCUGAAUGAGGCGAAAGCAUUGCUUAAACAGGACGAUGAAGUCAGCAUAGCCGUUUACGACUAUUGGCUUAAUAAACGCUUAAAAAUGCAACAUCCGCUGAUACUGACUGUGAAAACGGAGAAUCGUCCGGGCGCAUCUUCGAACAAUCCGUACUUAGCGUUUCGCCGACGCACCGAAAAGAUGCAAACGCGAAAGAAUCGCAAAAACGAUGAAACGUCCUAUGAGAAGAUGCUCAAGCUGAGGCGCGACCUGCAGCGUGCCACCACCGUGCUGGAGAUGGUUAAGCGCCGCGAGAAGACGAAACGUGAGCAAUUGCAUUUAUCUAUAGAAAUCUUCGAGAAGCGAUAUCAGCUGCGCGACUUCAGUGGUGCUCUGCUCUCCGAAUUGAGUUCUUCUCUGAAGAGUUUCAGACCAGCGUUUGCCCCCUUGUAUACGAAUCAAUACUCACAACAUGGAUCUGCGACAGGCGCCACGUCCGCCGGUGUGGUGUCGACCGGUGGGGCGACGCAUGCUACCGGCAUUGGCAGUGUACUGGGGCCUGGUGGUUUGCUGGCAGCAGCGGCGGGUGCCAACAAUGUGACGCCCGGCAGUGGUGGCCAUCUGUAUGCGUCGGCUUCGCAGUACCUGAAUCCUUCGACUCUAACGAUUGAUGCAAUCAAUGCUGGCGCAAAUGGCGGUGGUAAUCGCAAGGAGAAACGGACAUACAAGAAGCGGAAACAUAAAUUGACGCGCGAUAAACAGCAGCAGCAGCAACAGCAUCUAACACAACAACAGCAACAACAGUAUUUGAUUAGUGGCGUUGGCAAUGGUUUGUCAGCGUCAGCGUUGGGCGUUCCAGGUUCAGCGCUAAGCGCGCUGCAACUGCAUCGUCAGAGCUCAUCGCCCGCUGCAAAUGAAUCCAAUAUCGAAACGGAGGAGGAGGAUUUCGGCAGCGGCGGUUUGGGUUGUGGUGGUGGCGGUCAUCAUGCGCACCAAAUGGGCUCCGAGAGCGAGGAGGAGGCACCGUUUGCAUUUAGGCGAAAGCAGCACUCCGACUAUCAGAGGCCGCUAGCCCAUGAUGGCAACUGGCCUUGGGAGUCGAAGGACGAAAACGGUUUUGGUGAUACGAAAUAUCGGUUUACACUAACAUCCAUCCGACAUCCGAGACCACGUUGCAUUGGUUUCGCCAGACGUCGCAUGGGACGUGGUGGUCGUGUUAUGUUGGAUCGCAUUGCCACAACCAUGGAUGAUUUUUGGUCACAGCUAGACUACACGAUAUUUGAGAGUGAUUCCACUUCGGCCGCGGCGAAGUGUGCAAAUAUUAAAAGCGAGCAUGUGAAACCCGCCUCACCACCCACAGUUGUUGACCUGCCAUUGCCCAGCAUAACUAACGCAACCAGCUCAACUGCUCCAAUGCCUGCAUCACUAAUACCCGCCAAUACGACGAUCAAAGUCGAGCCCGUUGAGGUGCCGUCUGGUUUACCGUCACCCAAACACGACGCUACGGCCACGCAAGUUAGUGACGAUGAUGGCGUCGAGGCAGACUUUGAUGACGAUGACGACUAUGAGGAGGCCUUGUCACCAGAUGUAAAUAUCUCACGUGAUGCCAACUACAUUUCGUCGUUGACAAUGCUGCGUCAGCGCCAACGUCAACGUAUGCGUUUGCAACAGCUGCGUCUUCGCCGUCGACUGCAGCGCCGGAAGGCCAUUGAAGAGGGCGGUGGCAAUUCAGCGGAUGGCCAGCACACAAAACGGCGGCGUUUCAAUAAUGCCAAUGUUGUUGUCGAUGCUAAAGCUGCGCCUACGUCACAAACUGUUGCAUCAACAAAAGAGCCAAUGCCGCGUCGUUUAUUGCAUCGGCUGUCCAAGUUGAUUGAUGAGAAGAGCAUGAAUAGCAUAAGUAGUUUCUUGUUGAGCGAAAAGGUGAAGCGUGAAAAGCUGAACGGUGAGAAUGUGUCCGAUGAAGUCGUGGUUGAUUUAAUGCGGCAACAACAGCAGCAGCAGCAGCCGUGGCCCAAUCAUCGAUCCAAUAACAAUUUGAUGAACUACAAUAACAACAACAAUAGCAGUAGUAAUAUAAAUAAGAAUGUAGGUGUUAGCGAUAAAUUUAAUGUGAUAAAAAGCGAAGGCAUUAGCCCAGCAUCAGCACCGGUGGUGUCAUUGUCAGCGCCAACAACAGCCGCAUUAGCCGCAGCUGCUAUUACCGCAACAAUGACGUCCGCCACAACGCCCGGUUCCAUAACGUCCACGCCGUCGGCAACAGUACCGUUAACCAAAGCUAUCAAACAAGAACUGAUAGAUUGCACAAGUGGUGGUGCCUCAGCCGAUGAUUCGAAUGAACCUUUGAGCAGCAUAAAGAAGUCGUCGUCCAUAUUAACGGACACCACGACCAACUCCGAAAUGCAGGUUCUGGAAGAUGAGGAGAAUGUGAAUUUGGCACAAUUGAGUAGCAUAAUUCGUCACACUGUGAAGAAAGAGCCACUCGAUAGCAACGAUAUGGCACAGCCAACCAACAACUCAACAACGAAAUUCAAUUCCAUCAAUUCUGCGCAUGUCAAUGUAGACGAGGAGGAUACGCUAUCGACGCUGCUGAAUCAAUUGCCUGAUGUUAUACGCCAACAGCAUUGGCUGACGCUGCAGCGCAACAAUCAAUUAAAGAGCGAGCAGAGCGGUGUUGAGAACGCUUGCAGCAACAGCAUUAACGGCAUAAAUAUUCUAAUCGACAAUGACUCAACGACGCAUUUCGAUGAUAACUACGAUUACAUUGGCAGUCUUUCGCCGACCUCCAGUCAACGUCUGGACGUUUGCAAUGAGCUGCUGUCGGAGAUACGCCGCGAUUGGUUACAUUUCCGCCCGAAAACACCGACCGACGAGCUGUCCGAUAGCGGCGAUUGCAAAAUGACUUCAACAGAGCCGCUGGUUGAGUGGACGCAACAGACUCCAAUAUCCGUUGAAAUGCUUCGGUUGUCAUGUGACAAUAUUGAGUCUGGAAAAGUUAAGCGUGCCCACAAAAGCGAUGAACAGACGCUGAGUAAUAUGUGGGAUACACAUUCCGACGAUGCGCUCUUCGUAAGCAGCAGCUUCAAGUAUGCCGAACUCGAGCCAGACACACAGUUGCUACAAACUUAUUAUGCGCCUGAAGUAACGCGCGGCAGUAGCAAGAGUCCAGAUGUUGGCGCAGCCGGUAGCUCAAAUUCAGCAAUUGAUUUCAAUUUAAGUGGUGACUCACUCACGGAUAUAAACCUCCUGGGUGAUGGCGAUGAAACGGAUGAGAAUAUGUUGGUGAAUAUAUUAAAAGAAUGCGACGACAUCAAGACGCUGAAUCAGGCUACGAAUUUUUGGAAUGGCAUAUUGGAAGGUGAAGCCGAGGUUGACGAAGUUGCAGCGGACGUAGAGACCGACUUGCUGGACUGCAUUGACGACAAAGCAAAAAUCAAAGCACGUUCAUCACGUGCCAAGUGCGGUGGCAAAUGGCGCAGUAGUUGUGCUACAUAUGGCGGAACAAGUUUCCACAUGACAGACAUCAGCAGCACACUACCGGAUGACGUAUUUUUUCAAAAGUUGCAGCCGAAAGCCGAGCAAGUUGAUGUCAGCGACGUCAAAGCCGCUGCAACAUCAUCAGCUCCUGAUGCGACAGUCAAGACAGAGCCCGCCGAUGAGGUGCCCGCGGUGCCAGCGCUUGCAACUAGUGAGUUGGUGAGCACGCAGCAGCAGGCGACCACUUCGAUAGCAACCAUACCCGCGCAAAUAUUGCAAAAUACGGCUGUGGCUGGCGUUAGUUUCAGCAGUAACAGCGGCGGCGGCGCAGCAAGCGUCACAAGCGUGCCGCAAUUCAUUGCGAACAACGUGCAACCGCAGCUUAUAGCGACAACCGGUGUAGUACACCAACGCCAGCCACAAGCUCAUCUGCAUAUGCAACAACAGAUAGUCACGCAGCAGCAGCCGCAACAACAACAACAACAGCACCAUCAGACACAGAUGCACUUGCAAGAGGUGGCGGCGGUUGGUGACAUAAUAACGGUAACCUCGUCGAAUGUGCCGGCAUUACAGCCGCAACAGCAACAACAGCAACAGCAAUUCCAGCAAGUGCAGGUACAACAGCAGCAGCAGCAACAACAGCAACAUCAAAUAUUACAGUUGCGUCAGCCACGCAUACAAAAUGUCAUGCAACAGUUCCAACAACGUCAACAAAUUUUGCAAAUGCAACGUGAUAUCUUGUCCGGCGGUCCGGUCAUCACACAAUACGUGUCCGCCACACCAACGAAUGCAGGCACCACAACCGUCACAACAACGCCACUACGUCAGCCGACGCUCACACCGAUUGGCGCCACAGCAACGGGGAAUCACACCAUCUACACGACCAGCACAACGGCCGAUGGCACCAUCAUUGGUGGCACACAAAAAAUCUACAUACAAAAAGCCACACCCGCAUUCACCAGCGGCACACUAGCCGCAUCAUCGGCGCAAGUUCCUAAUAGCCAAACGUCCACAAACACAGCGCCAGCAUCGGUUAUAACGUUAUCCAAUGUGAAGUUCGAAAAUAAUAGUGAUGGCAGCGCAUCGGGCAGCCAUGCGAAUACAACAUCAACGUCGACGGCGAACACGAAUAUACUGACCAUUGAUGGCAAUGCUGUGACGGCGUCGAACAUGAGCUCUACGGGUUCCGGUGUGAAUAUUAUCAGUACGUCGGGUGGACAUCAAGUGGCUGUGCAUAGUAUUAGCGGCGGUGCCGUACAACAUUUGACUAAUGCCAGCGGAAGCGGUGGCACAGUGCAACACUUGUCGUCGUCAGCGUCCGUCGGCACGACACCACUCAUUGUCACAACAACGACCCGUCAAGCGCAACAGCAACAGCAGCAUCAACAGCUGGUGCCGCAGCAAACGCAGCAGAUUGUGUGGCGGCAGAUAAGUGGUGGGUCGGCAAAUGCGGCUUCAAGCGGUGCCACGACGGUAAGUGGUGCUGACGCUGCGGCGGCGAUGGCGGCGGCAGCAGCUGCAGCAGGUUCGACCGGCAAUAAGAUUGUGUGGGCCAGUCGACCGGGGCAAAAGCGGCAGUUGAACGGUCCAGAUGGUGCGACGGAUAUAAACAAAUUGUUGCUGAAUCGCAAAUUCUCACAACGAAAAAUAAUCACCCAAGCGGCGCAACAACAUCAAAUCCAAAUCUCAAAGCAUUUACAGCAAUUGCACCAUCAGCAGCAGCAGCAACAGUUGCAACAGCAACAACAACAGCAACAAGAUGAUGAUGGUGCUGCGAAUGAAGGUCAAACGAACUCGGGUGGUGGCGGUGGCCUUACAACAACAUUAGUUGGUACAACAUCCCAGGUCACACAGCAAUUGCAAAAGGUGCAAAUGCAGGGAGGCAAAGUGAUAAAGAUGUCCUCAUACCCAUUGCUCGUGUCCGAGUUGAAUGUUGCGCAACAGCAACAGCAACACCACCAGCAACAACAAAAGCACAAUUCGGCAGCAAUUGCGGCCAAUCACAACUACAGUCUGCAACCAACGACAGCGAUAAUAACGUCCUCACAAUCGGUGACACAACAACAGGGCAAUAAAAUCUACUUGACCAGCAACAAUGCCGGCGGAGGAGGCACCAACUUCACCAUUGCCACCGCCAGCGAAUUGGCCAAUGCUGUUGCUGUGCAACAGGCCAAUAGCAACAACAAUAGUGGUGGCAACAGUAACGGCAAUAGCAACAGCAACAACAGCAUAACACAGAAGCUGCAUCACUACAAAGAACUGCAGAACUCCAAUUUGAAGGUGAACUUCGUGUCCACUUCGAGUGCAGGUGGCGGUGGUAGCGGUGGCGUUGGCAGCGCUGUCAGUGUGCAUCAUGGCAGUAUUGUGGUGGACGCAAAGACUGUGGCGGCCGCAGUCAGUCAGUCGCAACAGCAGCAACAACAACAGGCAACGGUGCAACAACAGGCUGUGGUGUUGAAUAAGGCGACAGCAAAUGCAAAUUUGCAACAACAAAAGCUGAAACGUGAGCGCAUACUGAACAUAAUCGGCGCCUCCAAUAUGGAGGUAAACGCCACGAAUGCGGCGGUGAGCUCGAGUAGUGCUGGUGAGAAUAGUAAACGCGUGCUGUACACAAGUCUGUUGAACGUGAAACCGCUGCAAAAGAACAACUCUGGGCAGAUGCAGAUGCAAAUCGGACCCGGUGGCAUGACACAUGCGCUGCUACGCGGACGAAUCGGCAACAAUCAGACAAUAUUCACAAACAUGCGCACGCUGCCGAUAGCGACAAGCUCUGCGGUGAGCAAUGCUACCACCAUGCAGCAGUUGCAAGUGGCAGCGGCCAACAAUAGCAGCGGUGGCAAUGGCAUGAGUGUCAGUUUGGCGCAGGUGACAACGAAUGCGACGACACUGUCAUCAUCGGUGGCGGUGCAUCAGCAAUCGCUGGUGAAUAUAGUCGCUACGAAUUCCACAGCUGCGGCGGCCGAUGUUAUAACCACAACAGCCGGCGGCGGUGCGCUAACGACCAGUUGCAAUGAUCUCAAGAGCAUUGAGAGCGUUGUUGCCAGCAACAACAAUAGUAAUGGCAACAAUAAUGCAACAGCGACGCUAAUUAGCAGCGGCGGCAGUAAUAGUAAUAGCAAUAGUAGUAGUAGCGGCGGUGGCGGCGGCGGCGGCGGCAAUUCGAACCAUGCGAUAUCAGCGACUGCUAACAAUAACACGCUCGCCUCUGCAAUUAUAAACAGGUGAGACACGGGGAGCUAACUAACACUAAGAAAAAAUGAUUAUGAGAAUGUGUGCGCCGCACAGGUGGGCGCAGCCGUCGCCGUUGUCGCAGGUCGAGCGGUGGCAGCAGCAACAUGUCGCAUUUGGUGUGCAACAGUAGCAGCAGCGGUUGUAGUUAUAAUUGCAUUGUUGCCGCAUAAAAUUCAUCUGCCGAUGGUGACAAACGCGCACGUGCUGAGGUGGAAGCUUUGAAGGUGUUGUGUGGUUGGUUGUUGGCAUGCGAUUACUAGUAGGCGCCCGAGCCAAAUGUUGGUGAGUGCAUUCAGUUGUUAGUGCAAACGCAGUAGCUGAACUGGACUAUGACGAAAUACACAAAGUGAUGAGUGAGUGCUGGUUUUAUUGUGUGCAUAACGCGAGCGCCAACAGGUGAUCGCCGCAAAAACGGGAUCAUAGUCGCAGAUGGUUGCGGCGUGCAAGUGGAGCAUGCCCACCAUCGAGUCAACAACAACCUUCUUACAUCUCUUUAAUCAACAUGAGCAGGUGGCAACAGCGCUAAAAGCGGAGGUAUCGCAGCAGCAACGGCUACAACAGCAGCAACACAACAACUUAUACCUUACCAAUCUCUUGUAAUAUUACUAGAUGUUGUUGUUAAUAAUUAAUAAUGUACUUGUAGAUUAUAUAUUAAUUUAUAUAUACAUAUAUAUGCAUCAUUAUACAUAUAUAUCUAUAUGCAUACAUAUAUACUUAAUGAGUUGAGCUGAUAUGAUAUAUGAAACCGAAAGAAAUGAAAAGUAAACGAAAAUAGAGAAAAAAGAAAAAAACAAGAAAGCUAAAAUGAUUAAUGCAUAAAAGAGCAUAGGUGAAUAUGUAAAAGCAAAACACCGUUAAAACAAAAGAAGUGUGUCACUUUGUAAAGUAAGAGUCCUAGUUGAUGAGCGUAUAAAUUGGAAAUUGCAAAUUAUGUAAAAAAGAAACAUAGAGUAAGCAUCGAAUGAAUUGUGGCUAGAAAAGGCGUAAAACAGCGGAAAAAGAGUAGUCAGCGGUGUAGGGGCGCCCAAACAGACUUUUUGCCGCUAAUUUCUUUAAAUAUAUCAAAUAUUUGCAAGUUAUGGCUUAUAAACGAUUUAAUUUUUUCUGUUAGCUGAAGCGAAUAUAACCACAAAGAGCUGCCUUCAAACGCAGACUAAUCUGCAAAUAAAUAUUUGUUAUGAUGACAAAUAGAUUAAAAAUAUGCAAUAAAAAAAAAACUGGCAAUCAAAAGCAAAAAAUAUGCAAAAAUUUUUUUAUUUAUUUAAGUAACGAUUUUGAAAUAUAUUCGCGCAAUAUUAAAAAAAAAGGUGAUGAAAAUUGUGUUAAAAAUUAAUAAAAAACAGUAAAUCAAAAGCAAAAAAUAAAAAAUUUCCAAACUUAUUUAAGUAAUGAUAUUAAAAUUUAAUUUGCAAACGUUAGGGCGCUCUUAAAAUAUUUAGCGAAAAUUUUUGAAAUUCGUAUAAAAAAAAUAAUAUACCAUUUAUUUAAUAUAUGCUCAGUUUAUCUACACUUUAAAGUAUGCUACAAUAUUCAAUAUAUUCUGCGGUAAUUCCCAAUUUUUUCGCACAAUUCAUUCCAUCGCCGAACUCUAAUACAAAAGUAGAUAACAUUUUUGUAACCAGUUCAUUUGCUAUACAUCUGCUUAAGUUAUAUGAAAAAAAAACAACAAAAGAAAAUUCUACAUUUUCAUUUCUUGUAAUUAGUAUAUUUGCGUUAUUAUUUCUAGUUACUUUUUCUGUUUUGUUUUAGUUUAUUUUUCUAAAAAAAAAAAAUCGUUAUAUAGAUAAUACGUUCAUAGGUAGGCGUUAGAAAUAAAUUAAGUAACGCUUUAGUUAUUAAUUUCUACUACCACAUUUUUUUUAUUUUUUUACGCUAAUAAAAAUUGUAAAUCAUUAAAAGAGAGAAAAAGAAAAGAAAAUGGAUAGCUAGAAAUACAAGUAAAAGCCUCGAGGAGCAGCGUACAUACAUACUAGCUAUUAUAGAGAGAAAUAGUAUGUGUGUGUGUGUGUGAGCAGAAGGAGAGAAGAGAGAAGGGAGAGCAUAAAGAGUUAGAUACGUCAAGCAUGCGGCAGACAAAUAAGUGCUACCGUAAAAAGUUGAAAUACGACAUUCGCUUAUUAUGAUAUAUGUAUAUCAGAUCUUAUUUUCAAGAUCGACUUUUUACUUUUUAAUAAAAUCAAAAAAAAUAAAUAAAAAUAAAAUAAAUUAAAAAAAAACUAUUUAAUCAGCUUACAACCGAUUUGCUUUUGUAGUUAUUGCAGUAGUAGUGGUAGUGUGACUCGUUUUCUUGACAUUUGAAUUGGAACAGAAUCAGUGGUUUUGAGAGCGAAAUUAAUUUUUGAAAGCACUUUUGUUAAAAACAAUUUUUUAGGUUUGAAAAUAAAUUUUUUUUUGUUGGUCUAUUGUGAGAUUGAAUUAAAUAAAUUUAUUUAAUUAAAUUAAUUAAUUUUAAAUAAGAGUUUGAAUUAAUUAAGUUUAGAUAAUUCAAUUUUUAACCAUUUUUUUAAUAAUAAAUUAAAAUUCUUAUAAUUAACAAAAAAAAUUAUUAUUUUUUUAAUGAGUGAUAAUUUAAUUUUUAUUAAAAAUUUAAUUACAAACAUUUCGUUAAUUUUUAAAUUUAAAUAUCUAAAUUUAAUUAACUUAAUCUCAAUAUACCAACAAAAUUUUGCAUUUAAUUGUCUAAAUGUAAUUAAUCCAAAGUUAAUUAAUCUAAAUUUAAUUAAUGUAAUUUUAACUAAUUGAACUCUUUUGAUAAAUAAAUAAUAAUUUGGAGUGUUCAGGAGAUUAGAAAAAGCAACGUUUCGUAAAAUCGAAUUCUAAAAUAAUGAAUUUGUUUUACUUUUCUAAAAACUGAAAUACUGUGUAGCGGCGAAGCAUUUAUUUAAAAAUUUUAAAUACGUGUCCACGUUUUGUUUUCAAGAAUUGUUUUUUCUCAAAAAUCAGUACAAUUUCUUGAUGAGUAUACCUGCUUCGGCCUACAACGAAGGCAAUCGGUUGAUGGCAAAUACGAAACUCCAUACAAUCCAUAAAAACUCUGCAAUACACGCCCAAAUACUUCCGCAUAUACAUAUGUACAAAUAGCACCGCAAAGAGAGGUUAGAACCUUUAGAAGAAAAAA